CAACGUGCCCCGUCCGACCACACAACCUAUAAUAAAUUUGACGUAAUCUCAACAAAACCGAUGCAACGUUUAAAUAAUAAUCCUUGUUCAAGCAACGUUAAUACCUUAAAGAUGCCACGACGGUUACGUGGCGAUCGCGAUGAGUUUUAGUCGCUGAAAACGUUUAACCAUGUCGAGGACGCAGCAGGAAGAGCUGAACGAGCACAGCGUCUUCGUGCGGAAGAUAUUAUCCGCGCUGUUUUACGCGGUCGCGUCUUUCAUGAUAACGGUGGUGAAUAAAACGGUGCUGACCAGUUACGGGUUCCCGUCGUUUCAAGUGUUGGGCAUCGGGCAAAUGGUGGCGACGAUCCUGGUGCUCUUCGCAGCGAAAAAGCUAAAGAUAGUGUCGUUCCCUGGCUUCGAGCUCGGCACCUUCGGCAAGAUAUUCCCGUUGCCGCUCAUAUUCGUCGGCAACAUGAUUUUCGGACUCGGCGGCACCAAAGAGCUAAGCUUGCCCAUGUUUACCGCCCUGAGACGCUUCUCCAUACUGAUGACGAUGAUUCUGGAGCUGUACAUUCUCGGAGUGAGACCAAGCGUCAGCGUACAGUUUAGCGUCUACAUGAUGGUGUUCGGUGCCGUGCUGGCCGCUUGCAACGACCUCGCCUUUAACCUCCAAGGUUACGUGUUCGUGCUGCUGAACGAUUUCUUCACCGCCACCAAUGGGGUUUACAUGAAGAAGAAGCUCGAGUCGAAGGAACUCGGCAAGUACGGCCUGAUGUUUUACAACUCGCUGUUCAUGCUGGUACCCGGGUUGUUCCUGGCCUUUUACACCGGCGACCUGGAGGCGGCGUACCACUUCGGCGACUGGCUCGAGCCCCUGUUCCUAGGCCAGUUCCUGCUCAGUUGCGUGAUGGGUUUCGUGCUGUCCUACAGCGUAAUACUGUGCACGAUGUACAAUUCGGCACUCACCACCACCAUAAUCGGGUGCCUUAAGAAUAUCUGCGUGACGUAUUUGGGGAUGGUGAUCGGAGGCGAUUACAUAUUCUCGUGGUUCAACUUUGUCGGGCUCAACAUCAGCGUCGUCGGCAGUCUGGUGUACACUUACGUUACGUUUAAGGUGAAAGACGCUGGCGCCACCUACGCGCCGCUCAGCAGCGACAAACCGACCACCGUCGUAUAGUACAAAAUAUUGUAGUCGGCCGUGCUCAAACGUCGGACGCUACCAAUCUAGUAACUGUGGUGUGAAGUGAGUGACAUUUAGGAAAUUUUAACGGAUACUCGCGUCGUUUGCCCAAAGGUAACGCGGUAACGAGAAAAAGUGGUGCCGCCCACCGUAUUUUCCUAAAGGCCGUGCCAUACUUUGUACAUACUACGUAAAUAUACCGUGCCGAGUGUUUUUAGCGGCGUUUACAGUGCCAGUUUAUUCGAAAAAGCUGUGUGUUUCACGUCGAAAGUGCAAUAUUUAUAUAUAUAUUUAGUUGUCUGUCCCAGUCGAAUGUGCCUGUGAUUCAAUAAAAAAAAAAAACAUCGAAACGCGAGUGGUUUUAUU